AUGUUGCAUCGAUUAGCCUGGACCGACUGGCCCGGAUUGAUAUCGGGUAAAUCCGUGCCAAUCUCUCCGCAUAGUGCUGCAAACAACCAGGGUCUUAAUUCAGCUUGGGGAAAAAUCAGACGUUCACACGAGGUGUUUUGGAACUGUCAUUUUGAGGAUAUUCCACGGUUUCCCACUUCCUCGCUGUUGCAGUUUUGCUUCUCGCUGCAGCGCUCCCAUCAAGAAUCUGUCACAAUGUCCACCUCGUUGGACUCUAAGAAAAGCGUCGCUGGUUUCUUGAAAAGAGACAUCAAUGCCAAACACGCAGAGGUGCUCCUGUACGGGUGCUGUCUGAGCUCUGGCCUUGUGGAUAGCACACUCUACAAUGCCUACAACACGUUCGUCUCGAUGCAAACGGGAAACACCAUUUUUGUCGGCCUGGGCGCGUCAAACCAGAAUCUUAAGCCAUACGGCUGGGCGCGGUCUCUCACCUCGAUCGGAUGCUUCGUCAUCGGCUGCUUUCUCUUCGCCCGACUGAACCGUCUUCUCGGACCGAGACGCAGAGUAACACUAGUCCUCUCUUUCCUUCUACAGGUCGCUAUGCUGGUAAUCACUGCGUCCUUGGUACAAAGCGGCGUGAUCGCUGGAAUCCCCUCGAACCCUGCUUCGAGCGAGACACAUUGGAGCCAGGAAGCGCCUAUCGUGCUUUUGAGUAUCCAGUCUGCAGGUCAGAUCGUCGCUAGUCGGGCGUUGGGGUUCAACGAGAUCCCUACUGUGGUCAUUACCAGUCUUCUCUGUAAUCUCGUGUCGGACCCAAAGCUGUUUCUCCUUCGCAACGAGAAGCGGGACCGACGAAUGGUAGCGUUCGUUCUGACACUGAUCGGUGCAAUUGCGGGAGGAUGGAUCACCAAGGCGACACGCGAUAUCUCGCCUGUGCUGUGGAUGGCUGCUGGACUAAAGUUGAUAAUUUCUGUUUCCUGGAUAUUCUGGAGAGAGAACGAGGGGGCAAGUGCAGUAUAA